UUGUUUGUGCCAUGUAAGCGAUCGCAACGUGUCAGCUGAGAUUGGUACACAUCUAUUGUUGAAGCCUGGUAUCUUGCAAAGUUUUCAGCGUACAAGAUGAAUGUCCUUUCAGCGAAGAAAGGUUUCCUUUACAUUGGAGGUAUCCUGCUCGUGGUGUGGCUGAGUAUUUUCUGCUACAUCUGGUUCCCGGACAUUAUUCCAGAUUUCCUCCAUCUUCGAACUAAAGGAUCCGCAGCCAAAAAACUCCAUGGAGGAACUGGAUCUAUUAAAGACGCUGCCAUGGACAAACUGUCCAGCAACAUCAACAUCAACCCCUCCUCCCCUGAUGUUGUCCACGUGUGCAUCAGCACAUCCAAGAACACUGUGGGUGGUGCCAUCGCCCUCAUCAACAGCAUCGUCGCCAACACCAAAAGCCCUGUCAUGUUCCACAUCGUCUCUGACUUGGCCAGCAUGGAUCAGAUCAGCAUAUGGAUUAAGGAGACCAAACUUAAGACUAUAAACUAUGAACUGAAGGGAUUUCCUGCAGAUUUGGUGGCUGGGAAGAUAAAAGUGAGAGGUGGUCGCCAAGAACUUGCCAGUCCAAUGAACUACGCCAAAUACUACCUUCCGCAGCUGUUUCCGAAGCUGAAAACCAGAAUUAUCUUCAUCGAUGAUGACUGCAUUGUGCAAGGUGAUAUAUCGGAACUCUACAACAUGAAGAUAGACCCUGAUCACCUGGCUGCUUUCUCCUCAGAUUGUGUUGGAGUGGGGAAACAUCUCUCCCACAUGGAGAACAAUUAUGCCAACUACAUAGACUUCAAACACAAGGCGGUUGUUAGCAUGGGUAUCAAACCAACAGAGUGUGCCUUUAACACAGGUGUGUUUGUUUCUGACCUGUCCCUGUGGAGGAAGUUUAACAUCACCAAGAAGCUGCAGUCAUGGCUGGAACUGAAUGUCAAAGAGGAGGUUUAUGGUAAUGAAAAGGGAGGAGGAGGAUCUCAGCCCCCAAUGAUGCUGGUUUUCCACAAGCUGUUCUCUAACAUCAACCCCAUGUGGAAUGUCCGACACCUUGGUUUGACUCCCGGGUCCAGCUACACCGCCCACUUCCUUCAGGGAGGCAAGCUGCUCCACUGGAGCGGCCGCUACAAGCCAUGGGGACGCAGCGCUCAACACUCAGAACUGUGGGAAAAAUACUAUAUACCUGACCCAACAGGUCACUUCCAACUCAUCAGGCGAGAUUAAUACAACUACUUCCAGGAUGUCAGGACUUCAGCCGUACUGAUACAGUCUAACCAAAAUUAAAUGGUACUUACACUUAUUUGGGGCUUGUCAUAAAGAAAGCUCUUCUCAAGGUGAGCUUACUGCCCAUCUUGUUUUGGUUAGACUGUAAUGAAACUAUGGGUAAAAUUGAGGCUUUAAGGGAUAUUAUAGGUAACUAACUUUUUAUCAAAAAUGUCUUGUAAACAGUUUUUUUUUAAAUGAGCAAUAUAUAUAAGUUACCGCAUACUGGGUCAGGUAUGAUUUUUAAGUAGUUUUAUUAUGUAGAAUGUGUACAGUAAUAUUUCAUUUAGGAAUUGGAAAAUACUCAACAGUAAAAACGGUGACUGUAUUCUUGGAUCAGAAAUGGAUUAUUAUUCAGUUGCAACAAAUAUUUGAGAAAUGUGAAAAAAAAGUCUGUUUGGUAUGAAGUUUGUUUGAAUUUCAAUUUAUGCUUUUUCAUUCAUGUUAUUAGUGUUUCUAGUUGUAGCGGUUAGUUUAGUCACGUAAACUUUGGAUGUUAUAUACUGAAUUGCAUUAUGACCUUUAUGGGGUAGUUGUAACACUGACAAGGAUCUGUGGGCAGUGUGGCUCAACACACCAUUCUUCACU